AUGUCUCAAAGGCAGCCUCAGUCACCUAAUCAGACUUUAAUUUCCAUUACAAAUGACACAGAAACAUCAAGCUCUGUCGUCUCCAACGAUACUACACCUAAAGGAUGGACCGGAGACAACUCUCCAGGAAUAGAAGCACUGUGUGCCAUCUACAUCACUUAUGCUGUGAUCAUUUCAGUGGGCAUCCUCGGAAAUGCUAUCCUCAUCAAAGUCUUUUUCAAGACUAAAUCCAUGCAAACAGUUCCAAAUAUUUUCAUCACCAGCCUGGCUUUCGGAGACCUGUUACUUCUGCUGACUUGUGUGCCUGUGGAUGCAACCCACUACCUGGCAGAAGGGUGGCUGUUUGGAAAGGUCGGUUGUAAAGUGCUUUCCUUCAUCCGGCUCACUUCUGUCGGUGUGUCAGUGUUCACGCUAACAAUUCUCAGCGCUGACAGAUACAGAGCAGUUGUGAAGCCACUUGAACGACAACCCUCCAAUGCCGUUUUGAAGACCUGUGCUAAAGCUGGUGGCAUCUGGAUGAUGUCUAUGAUAUUUGCUCUGCCAGAGGCUAUAUUCUCAAAUGUAUACACUUUCCAAGAUCCUAACAGAAAUAUGACAUUUGAAUCAUGUAACGCCUACCCUAUCUCUGAGAAGCUUCUGCAAGAAAUACAUUCUCUGUUGUGCUUCUUAGUGUUCUAUAUUAUCCCUCUCUCGAUUAUCUCUGUCUAUUAUUCUUUGAUUGCCAGGACGCUUUACAAAAGCACCUUGAACAUACCGACUGAGGAACAAAGCCAUGCCCGAAAGCAGAUUGAAUCCCGGAAGAGAAUUGCUAAAACGGUAUUGGUGCUGGUGGCUCUGUUCGCUCUCUGCUGGUUGCCGAAUCACCUCCUGUAUCUCUACCACUCAUUCACUUUUGAAAGCUACGCAGAUCCCUCUGAUGUCCCUUUCGUUAUUAUCAUUUUCUCUCGGGUUCUGGCUUUCAGUAAUUCCUGCGUGAACCCCUUUGCUCUCUAUUGGCUGAGCAAGACCUUCCAGCAGCAGUUUAAAGCUCAGCUCUGCUGCUUCAAGGCAGAGCAGCCCGAGCCUCCUCUUGGUGACAUCCCCCUUAACAACCUCACUGUGAUGGGGCGGGUCCCAGCUACUAGGAGUGCACACAUCUCUGAAAUUAGUGUGACCAUGUUCAGUGGCAGUGGUGCCAAUAAGGGAGAGGACACAGUUUAG